GUUGUGACGUCGUUUUCGCGUCCAGUUUCCCCUCAUGAUGUCUUGACCUCGCAGCGUGAUCAUCUCUCUCAGUGCAGCAUCAGAGCAGCAUCAGAGCCGUGUCUGCUGUGUUUGAUCCGGGUUCAGCUCCUGAUUGACGGCCAGCUGCGAGCGAGGCGCGAUGCUGUCGAACGCGAACAGUCUGCCCAAGCUGUACCUGUCCGUCAUCGAGGACGUGAUUGAGAGCAUCAGAGAGCUGUUUAGUGAUGAAGGAGUGGAGGAACGAGUGCUGGACAACCUCAGACAGCUCUGGGAGUCAAAGGUCGUUCAGUCGAAGGCUGUGGAGGGUUUCAUUAAAGGCAACAAUCCGUCCAAUUUUGUUCUGCAGCUUCCAGCGAACUACUCUCAGAGUCUCCAUAAACCCACCGUUGUGAUUCCAGCAGCUCAGAACAUGCCGAGUUUCUCCUCCAAAGCAACUCCGCAUGUGUUUCAGAGCAGCUGCGGUUCUGUCGCGACGUUCUCUCUGCCGGCUGGAAUCACGUAUCCGGUGCAGAUUCCCGCAGGCGUCACCCUGCAGACGGCCUCAGGGCACUUCUAUAAGGUGAACGUUCCUGUGAUGGUGACUCGAGGAGCGCAGCAUGUGCUGUCUCACCCCGCGGCUGUGGCCCGCAGCAGCGCUCUGACCCAGCGGCCCGAUCCGGCUCCAGCAGCCUCCGUGUGUGAGACGCCGCCGACCCUCCAGAGCGCUGACGGACCCUCGCCGGCCGCCUCUGACUCUCAGACAGAGUUCACACUGGACGGCAUUGAGUUCAGCCCGCAGCCGGUCGACCCGAGCGCCGCCUCACCCUUCACUCCGCCGGCUCAGGCGCUGCGCAGAGAGCAGGACACGGCCGCUGACGAUGCCCUUCCAGACCUGCAGACGACUCCUGACAUCAAGCUUGAGACGGACUUCAACUUCAACCAGCUGCUGGACAUCACACAGCUGGACGGAGUCGCCGACAGCAGCUCGGACACGGAGGAAGAUGAUGAUGAUGAUGAUCUGGGGCUCGUUGGAGAGAAUGAGUUCCUGGGAAUGAUCAAUGCUGCUGAGGAGGAGGAGCUGGAGGAGGAAGAGGUGAUGACCGCACUUACAGCCUCACACGGAAGCGGUCUCUCAGUCGUUGUGCUUUUCUUUGUUAGAAAUGAUCCGCUGAACUCUGGAGAUGACGUGAGCGAACAGGACAUCCCAGAGAUCUUUGACACGGAGAACGUCAUCGUGUGCCAGUAUGACAAGGUGAAGGAGAUUCACCGUAGCAAAAACCGCUGGAAGUUUUACUUGAAAGAUGGAGUCAUGUGUUACGGAGGGAAAGACUAUGUUUUCUCGAAGGCUGUGGGGGAGGCGGAGUGGUGACGCGGAAAUAUCAUAAUGACACAAUUACUGCUCUACAAGUAUUUACCUGAUGAUUUACAUCAUCUUAUGAUUGCAUUUGUUUUUCUUCAUGAGUUUGUGACUGUAUUCUGAUACAGAAAAUAAUGUUGGUGCUUACUGAGUUAAAAUAUUUUGAUAGAAUAAAGUUAAAAAAGAUGUAGUUUUUCGUUAUAUAAGAUUCUUUAGGGUUUUUUUUUUUGGUUAAUCUUGAAACUGGACUUUUUUGUUUAUCCUAAAACGAACAUUAAAAUGCUGA